UCCGAUCUUGCUUCCGAUGCUUCAGCUUCCUUCUUGGCUUCUGAUUUCGUCUUGUCCACGCUGCGCCCUUUUUCCUCUUUUUUAAUCGAAAUUGUGCUUAAAAAAAUUUUUGAAACUAAUCGUGACUCUGGUUUUCUUAAACGUUCAUCCUCAUUAAUCGGGAAAACUGUUAGAAAAUCAUGGGUGUGCAGUAAAAAUUAAACUGACCCUGAACUGACCAUGGAUCCGCCGCCUAUGAACGAAGAUCAGGCAGUGCCUACUGCAGAGGUAAUGGACACGUCAGAGAAACAAUCCAAUGAUGAACAACUGCGGACGGUGCUUGACGAGACUUCAACCCUACUAGGUUUACCAGAACCUAACCAGCAAGAAGCACCCGAGGCAUCGAGUUUGGACAAAUGCAACUCACCAUCUGAAACACAACAAAAACCAGAAGGCGAAAGACUUGCGGCGACAAAGCCUGACGUCUCUACUGCUUCCACAAACAUAAAAUUUGUGCAAAUUGCUCAGGCCUCUGUUCAGUUUUCUUCCUCACACCAAGAGCAAUACCUGAAAGGCUGCAAAUGGGCCCCGGACGGCACCUGCAUCCUGACCAACAACUCUGACAAUGCCCUGCGAAUCUACAACCUGCCAAGUUUUUUGUACGAACAGUCCAGCAUUCUCCCCUCGGAGCCGGAACUUGUUCCCCAAGCAGUGGUCAUCAAAGAGGGUGGCCUUAUUUUGGACUACUGCUGGUACCCUCAGAUGUCCUCGAUGGACGCCGCCACCUGCUGUCUCCUUUCCUGCAGUUCCAAGUGUCCGGUGCAUCUGUGGGACGCCUUCGACGGACGCUUGCGUGCCUCUUACAAUCCAAUCAACAGGGUGGACGAAGUGGAAGGCUGCUACAGUCUGGCGUUCAGUGCGGACGGGCAGAAGUUCUACUGCGGCUCUAAGAACUUUGUUCGAGUGUUUGACCUUUGUCGUCCGGGACGAGACUGCGAGACCAGAGAGCUGAAGCAUCACAAAACUCCGGCCGAAUACAGGCAGCCGGGAAUUGUGUCUGCCAUUGCUGUAAACUAUGAAAAUCCCAAAUUGUAUGCUGUUGGGAGCUACAGGAAGAGUGUUGGUCUGUACUCGGAACCAGACGGGCGGUUCGUCAGUCUCUUGCAUGGACACAAAGGAGGCAUCACACAGCUAUCUUUUUCUGCCGAUGGCUUAAAGCUGUUCAGUGGUGCAAGAAGUGACAAUGAGAUUAUUUGCUGGGACAUCCGCUCUCCUGGCUGCAUCCUGGCUAUUCUGCAGCGCAACGUGGCCACCAGCCAGCGUGUGCAGUUUGACCUGAACCCUGACGGACUCCUCUAUUCAGGCAACACUAACGGUUUGGUGACGGUUUACGAUGUGAACCAAGCCAGUGGUGAAACCUGCCCUGUUGGGGUCAAGAGAAGUUGGAAGGCGAGCGGCGACUGCAUAAAUGGGGUGAGUCUGCACCCCACCCUGCCAAUAGUAGCCACAGCCAGUGGCCAGCGUCACUUUGUUGCCUUUGAAAAGGACGACGACGAUGAAGAGGAGGAAGAGGGUGAGAAGGAAGAAAUCGAGUGUUGUUUGAAAAUGUGGUGGCUCACUGAAGAUAAGUCGUUCUGUGAUAACAAUUUAUAGUUGUUUACUUUUCAAACUCGCAGAAAAUAAUUAAAUUUGAAUAAAAGGAUUUGUAUAGUUUUUUCCAUUGA